GCGGGGGCGCGUUUUGGAGCAUCUGGUCGCCUGGCAACCGUCCGCUGGCCUUGGAGGAGACUGGCACAAGGACACUGACCAAACCAGUUACUGACCGGAUUGGACCCGGGAGUGAAAGUUGGAAGUAAUACCUAACCUGCUUCUGGACAUGGUGUCAGGACAGAGUUUUUGCUGAGAGCUUGGGUUACACAGAAACUAUGGUUCGACUGACUCUGGAUUUAAUUGCCAAGAGCAACAAUCUCAAACCCCGAAAAGAAGAAACCAUCGCACAAUGUCUGAAGAAAAUAACGCAUGUGAAUUUUUCGGACAGAAAUAUAGAUGCCAUUGAUGACCUCUCUCUUUGCAAAAGCCUGAGUGUUUUAUAUUUAUACGAUAAUCGCAUCAGCCACGUCACUAACUUGAAUUAUUCCACCAAUCUGACCCACCUGUACCUGCAGAACAAUUGCAUUUCCUGCAUAGAGAACCUCAGGUCUCUAAAGAAACUGGAAAAGCUGUAUCUGGGAGGCAAUUACAUUGCGGUCAUAGAAGGUUUGGAAGGAUUGGAAGAAUUGAGAGAGCUUCAUGUUGAAAGCCAGAGGCUUCCCCUGGGAGAAAAGCUUCUGUUUGACCCGAGGACUCUUCGUUCUCUAGCAAAAUCCCUCUCUGUUUUGAAUGUCAGCAACAACAACAUUGAUGACAUAAAGGACUUGGAGGCGCUGGAGAACCUCAAUCACCUGAUCGCAGUUGACAACCAGCUGGUGCACGUGAAGGAUUUGGAGCUUUUACUGAAAAAACUGUUGAAGCUGUGGAAACUAGAUCUAAAUGGAAAUCCUGUUUGUCUUAAACCAAAAUACAGGGACAAAGUGAUACUGAUGUCCAAGUCACUGGAAUUUCUUGAUGGUAAAGAAAUCAAAGAUAUGGAAAGACAAUUCCUAAUGAACUGGAAAGCAUCCAAAGAUGCCAAGAAGACCAGCAAGAAAAAGAACAGUAAAAGUGAGGAUCCCAGCAACUCCUACCUGAGUAACUUUGAAACAAUACAUCACAUAGUUCCUGUUUAUUACCCACAGGUGGGUAAUCCAAAAGUAGUCUUUUUCUCUGAUGUACAGAGAUACUUUGUAAAUGGAAAUCCAUCUUCAGAAUGUCCCCAAGAAGAUAAAACUAAAAUCACUGAAGACAUGGGGAAUCUGUCCUUGAAGGAACCUGAAAGCUUGCUAACAAAAAAUGAUAUCCAUGAACCUCACCUUCUCUGAAACCCCAAAAGUAAAGGAAAAUGUGUAUGAGGAAAUGGAGUAAAUUCAGCGCCGCGUGGUUUGAUUUCUUCAUAGAACUAGGCAACAGCGUGUUGUGAGGGUUUGUAAACUUCGGUUAUCUCGGUGUUUAAGUUCUUGUUUGAUUUGUUUCUUUAUAGAAUCUGAGACUUUAUUUUCCGUGUGUGAAUUCCGGGAUCUAUUUACUUUAUUGGUUGUUAAAUAAAAUUUACCAGGAAAUAAAAUGUGGUUUCCUAUUCCA